CCCAACAAAACCAUCAAAUUUUUUAUACGAAGUUGAUUUAGUCUCGCGGGAAAAUUUUCCAUCUCUCUCUCUCUCUCUCUCGCCUCUCCUUAAGAGCUCUCUCUCUCUCUCUCUCUCUCUCUCUCUCUCUCUCUCUUAUCUGUUUAAAGGGAACCAGAGAGUGUCGCUUCUGUGGAUCUCAAUCGCACAUCUCUGGUUGUUGGCUACAUAAUCUUAGUCUUUCUCUUCUCUUCUAAAUUCUCAAAAGAGUUAUUAUUGGAGCUAUCUUCGUUCUUUAUUGCUUAAAUUUCAAUAAAAAAAUAAAAUUGUGAGCUCUGGUUGACCCAAAAAGCCAUUUAAAUUCAAUUGGAUGGUUAAUAAGAGAAACCCAUUUGUGCUCAACUUAGAUUUUGAGAUUUGAAGAGCAGAGUGCUUUGUACUAGUUAAGAUUUGAGCGUUUUGUGAUUAUUAUCAUGUCAUCAGCCAUAUUAGCUAGAGUUGGACGACAUAAACAGUUGUAUGAAAAUGGGUUUCGACUUGUUGCAGGAUGCAUACCUUAUAGGCUAAAGCCAGAAGGAACAGAUUUGAUAUAUAGACUGGAAGUACUCAUGAUUUCUACUCCUAAAAGACAUGAUCUUGUUUUCCCAAAGGGAGGAUGGGAGAACGAUGAGACUGUGUGUGAAGCUGCAAUUAGAGAAGCUCUUGAGGAAGCAGGAGUUGAGGGAAUUCUUAAUCAGGAAACCAAACUUGGUGAGUGGACAUUUAGAAGCAAAAGUAGACAAAGCAGUAGCAGUAAUGAAGGAGCUUGUAAAGGCUACAUGUUUGCAUUAGAGGUGAAAAAAGAACAUGAAUUUUGGCCUGAACAAUCUACCCACAAGAGAACCUGGGUAAGCGUUAGGGAUGCAUCAAGGCUUUGUCGAUAUCCAUGGAUGCGCGAGGCUCUUGCUUCCUGUUUAGAACUUUUAUCGGAGAGUCAUAGUUCUGAAAUUGAACGUAGCUCUUCUGCGACUAAAAGGGAGAAUGAUGUUUCGGAGCCCUCAAGCUACUACAGGAGUAGAGAGAAUGAUAUAUCAGAGCCAUCUAAGUCUAACUACUACUUUAACGUUAACCCAACUGCGCCUGAGAGGGCAAUUGAUGCUAUAUGCUGAUGAGUGAUGAGUCUCUCUUUGCUAACUAUUAGGUGAGAUUGAGACUUGGUGUUAAUGUGCCAUGACAUUGUGGAAAGACUACUGAAAUUGAUGUUCCAUCUACUGAAAUAAUUAAUGUUGUGUGAAUUCUCAAUCACAGCCGUUUGUUUAAGGUGGCAUUGGGCAGAUUUCCGAUCCAAUGGCUGUGAUUGGGAAUUCAUAUUGUUUUUGGCUCUAGCGACUGUGUUAUAUGUAAUAAGGUGUAUUUUCUAGUUGUCCUUCGAGCUUAUUUUGUAAACGGUUUUUUUUUUCCAGGAAAUCAAUGUGUGCAUAGUACGUUCGUCUUUUCA